UGUCCUGUGUCCUCAGACCCCCCUGAGACCUCCAUCUAUCCGCAGAAUGAUGUCCAGCCGGGGGUUGAGAACGCCCUCAUCUGUCACGUGACGGGGUUCUUCCCUCCGCCGGUCAACGUUUCCUGGACGAAGAACAACGUGAUGGUGACAGAAGGCGUGAGUCUGAGCCAGAGCCGGCCGAGGACCGAUGGAGUCUUCCACGUGUUCUCCUCCCUGAAGAUCAUUCCUGAACACAGAGACAUUUACAGCUGUACGGUGAACCACAGAGCCCUCCAGCGGCCACAGACCAAGAUCUGGGUGCUGUUCUGUGGACUGGGAAUGACUCUGGCUCUGCUGGGAAUGGCCACUGGAAUCUGUUUCUGUAUUAAAGCAGCUGCAACUGACCGUUCAGAUCUGGCAAAACAAGAAAAAAAAGCAAUGCAGUGGAUCUACCAGUGAAGA